AUGUCAAAUAUAUUGAUAACUAAUUAUUUGAGAUAUGUAAUACUUGUUGGAAGACGUCUAGCAACAGCUACUCAAUCUAAUGUUAACAUCGGUGAUCGAAUGAAAAUGCUAAAUGAUAAUAAACAAUAUCAGAAAGCUCUUCAAUUAUUUGAUACAUUCAAUGAACAAAACAUUGAUAAAUGUUCCAAUUGGAUUAUUAUACAAGCUUUAAAAGCGUGCACUGAAAUAAAGGAUGUUCAACAUGGUUCACAAAUUCAUAAUCUUAUUUCUUCUCGUUUGAAACGGGAUCCUUAUGUAUUACCGUCAUUAAUUCAUUUCUAUAUGCAAUGUGGCGACGUUACUCGUGCUCAAUUAUUGUUUGAUAAAUCAACAAAGAAAACACUGGUUAUGUACGGAGCCAUGAUGAAAGGUUACAUAAAAAAUAAUUCGGCGACAAAUGCAAUUGAUCUUUUCAAGGAAGUUAAGAAUCCAAAUGAAGUUAUGGUCAAUCUCGUUUUCAAUGCUUGUGCUCAGUUGGCAACGGAAAAUGAAUUAAAUUUAUUAAAAUCAAUCUCAUCAGUGAUUUCCAGUUCUUUCUAUUCAAAUCAUUAUGUUUUAACUUCUCUUAUUGAUGCAUUUAUUAAAUGUGGUGAUGUAAAAAGUGCUAAAUCAUUAUUCGAUAAAUCAACAAGAAAAACAUUACCAAUGUACGGAGCUUUGAUGGCAGGUUUGACAAUAAAUGAUCAAGAGGAGCAAGCAAUUGCUAUUUUCAAUGAGAUUCCUCUGAAUGAGCUCCAUCGAGAAAAUCACAGUGAAAAAAAAAACUUACUGUUUGAAAAGAAAACUGAUUGUCUUGAAGCAAAUGUAACUAUUUAUUUAUGUCUUAUAAAAGCUUUGGCUAAGCUUGGUAUAUUUGAACAAGCUCAGUCGUUUGUUCAACAAAUUCCAAGUUCUGUUCUUGCUGAUCAACGAAUUCGAAAUGCAUUGAUUCAUAUGUGGGGUAAAGUUGGUUCUGUCGAUGAAGCAAGACGAAUAUUUGAAAACAUAUCUCAACUGGAUCACAUUGGAUGGACGGCUAUGAUUAAUUCGUAUGGUUUAAAUGGGAUGGGUGUCGAGGCAGUGAAACUUUUUCAUCAAAUGCCGAAAGAAUUUAUUAAUGAUUUAACUUACGUUUGUGUUCUAAAUGCAUGUUCACAUUCAGGACUUGUUGAUGUAGCUCGUUCAAUCUUCAAUAAUAUUCAAAAGAAAACAGAAAUAAUAUACACAACAAUGAUCGAUUGUCUCAGUCGUAGAGCCGCUUUUGAAGAAGCACAACAAAUAAUUGAGCAAUUCGAACGCGAUCAGGCACCCGCAUUAACUAUCUAUAUGCCAUUGUUAUCAGGUGCUCGUAAUCAGAAAAAUACUAAAUUAUCACAGGAAGUUGUUGACCGUAUGCAGAAGCUGUUUCCUAACAUGAAAAGUUCAUUAGUGGCAGCUUCGAUUCUCUUGGCUAACGUUUAUGCAUCAUCAGGUGACAUUGAAAAAGCAACAGAUAUUAAAAUCGAGUUGCAUAAAUCAGGUGGUAAGAAACAAAUUGGUGUAACGGUGACUGAUAUCGAUGGGAAACUCUGGAAAUUUCGAGCGCAUGAUCGAUCACAUGCUGAAUCUGCGGAAAUUCAUGAACAAGCUGAUCGAAUGUCAAAAAGAAUCAUUGAAUAUGGGCAUAAGUACGAUGCAAGUUGGAUUGUAAGGCCGGUGCAACCUGAUGAGACAAUUGAAACACUUCUUUGCGGACACAGCGAACGACUUGCUAUGGCUGCUCAUUUUAUCCGUAAUCGAAAACCCAAACGCAUUCAAAUGACGAAAAACCUUCGCAUGUGUGGUGAUUGUCAUGAAGUAACUAAAUUAGUUGCUUUGAUUUAUCAAUGUGAAAUAGUUGUUCGUGACGCAAAUCGUAUACAUCACUUUAAUAUGAAUGGACAGUGCUCAUGUCAAGACUAUUUCUAA